AUGCAAUCCUACGGAUUUAGGAGGCUUCCGGAUGCUGCCCCCGCCAAUGUCCGGCCUUAUCGAUACCAGCAUCUUCAAAAAUCAGAUAUUGAAAGCCUCAUCCACGAAAUGCUUGCGUUGGGCGUCAUUCGACCAAGUGCAAGCCCUUACUCCUCACCAGUUCUUUUGGUCAAGAAAAAGGACGGCUCUUGGCGUCUAUGUGUUGAUUAUCGUGCCUUAAAUGUUGUCACCAUCAAAGACAAAUUUCCCAUACCUGUGAUAGAUGAACUCCCUGAUGAACUCCACGGUGCCUCAAUCUUCUCCAAGCUUGAUCUUCACUCCGGAUAUCAUCAAAUUCAUAUGCACACCGAUGACAUUCACAAAACCGCCUUCCGCACACAUGAUGGGCAUUAUGAGUUCCUCGUAAUGCCAUUCGGUUUGUCAAAUGUCCCCUCUACUUUUCAAUCCUUGAUGAAUGAUUUAUUUCGCCCUCACUUACGCAUUUUAACUAAUCACCUCUUUGUGAAGAAAUCCAAGUGUGUUUUUGCCCAACCACAGAUUGAGUACCUUGGCCACACCAUUUCCUACCAAGGCGUUGCAAUGGAUCAAACAAAAAUUGAUUGCAUUCAAUCAUGGUCCAAGCCGUCUUCCCCAAAGUCUCUGCACGGCUUUCUCGGACUCGCCGGCUACUACCUGCUUCAGCUACCCGAUUUCUCGAAACAGUUUACCAUAGAAUGUGAUAACUCUCAAGGAGGACUAGGCGCUGUUAUGCCACAGGAUGACCACCCAAUUGCCUUCCUUUCCAAACCUCUGUCAGGAAGAAAUCUAGCACUCUUCAUCUACGAAAAGGAAAUGAUGUUUGUCAUUUUUGCAAUCCAAAAAUGGCGCCCAUACCUUCUUGGCCAACAAUUCCGCAUCAUCACGAACCACCAGACCCUUCGCCACUUCCUGGAUCAACAUGCUCUGUCAUGGCGCCAUGAACUCCUUCCUCUAUUGGGCAUCUCUCAACCCAUUUUUACGUUGUUUGUUCCUUCUAUCAAUGAUUGGCGCCCCAAAAUUCUCCAGGAAUUCCAUGGCUCCCCCACGGCUGGCCAUUCCGGUUACCUCCGCACUCUUAAAAGCGUGCAACGUAACUUUAUGUGGCUCGGUUUACGCUCUGAUGUCAAAGCGUUUAUCACCACCUGCGAUACCUGCCAACGCCAACACUACGAAGCCAUCCACCCUCCCGGCCUAUUGCAGCCUCUUCCAAUUCCAGCCGCUUCUUGGCAAUCUAUCAGUAUGGACUUCAUAGAGGGUCUCCCUCAUUCCAAAGGGAAAUUAGUGAUCAUGCUGUCUUUAUCCAAGAGGUCUUCAAACUACAAGGCAUGCCCCAAUCCAUCAUCAGUGAUCGGGAUCCCAUCUUUCUCAGUAACUUCUGGGAAUCUUUUUUUCAGUCGCAGGGAACCAAGCUCUGCCACUCAUUCGCGUACCAUCCUCAGUUGGAUGGCCAAACUGAGGUCAUCAAUCGCAUUUUGGAACAAUACCUCCGCUGUACCAUCGGCGACAAACCCAACUCUUGGACCACAUGGCUCCCAUGGGCCGAAUUUUGGUAGCCAUGGGCCGAAUUUUGCAGUCCAUGCUGUUGACACAACCCUCAUUGAUCGUGACCAACUAUUGAACAUCCUCAAAUCCAAUAUCCAAAUGGCCCAGAAUCGAAUGAAGGUUUACGCUGACAAACAUCGUACCGAGCGCCACUUUAACGUCGGUGAUUAUGUCUACCUUCGGCUACAGUCGUACCGCCAACACUCCAUCGUUUUUCGCCAAAACCACAAGCUCUCUCCUCGCUUCUAUGGCCCCUACAAAAUUGCUGCCCGUGUAGGCCAAGUAACGUAUCGCCUGGAGCUGCCAACCAAUAGCAAAAUACAUCCUGUUUUUCACGUUUCAUUGCUCAAACUCAAGCUUGGCACUACCAGCACUGCGAGCACUCAGCUUCCCCCCAUGUCUUCUUCGGGAGCACAAACUUGGGAACCUGAAGCAAUCUUGGAACGUGGCCUCUUCAAGCACCGUAAUGCCCCACUCACCAAAUGGCUAAUUAAAUGGAAGGGAUACCCAGCUAGUGACGCCACUUGGGAAGAAGCCCAAUCCAUUCUCUCAAGUUUUCCUUCCUUCCAGCCCUGA